AUUCCACCUGUGGGAGGCAUGUAACGACCCUUAUCGCAAUUCAAAUUAAACUGUGAGGCUUCUUGUUCCCGUCAAUGAGAUAUUCUUAAAGAUACCUGUGGGACUUCAGUUUUUAUUGUCAUAGUUGGUCUUGGCCUCAACCAAGGAAAAGCCGUAUUCAAGAUGUCCAAGUCUCUAUGCCUGCGCUGCCGCGCAUCACUCAGACAAUUACUCCACGCCCAGCAACGUUACCCAAUUCCCUUAACCCGCGCAUAUAGCUCCACGCCUAAAGAACCGCUGGAUAUCGAGGCCCUCCUCUCCAAGCCUACCUGGUCCGUUCGAUCCCUCCUCCCGGAUCCCUCCAUCCCCCCAACUCAGGAGAUUACCCCAAAACAACUGCACCAUCUGCUUCGUCUCUCCGCUCUCCCUCAACCCAAAUCCCCCGAAGAAGAAGCCGAAAUGCUUAAGGCCUUGCAUUCACAUUUACAUUUCGUAAGGGAUAUACAGAGUGUGAAUACAGAAGGUGUAGAGCCGUUGCAGAGUAUUAGAGAUGAGACAGAGGAGGGAAUAAAAGAGGCUACUAUUGGAAUGGAAGAUUUGAAGGAGGCGUUUGCAGCAGAGGAGACUAUUGGAAGGAACAAGAGGCCUAGGAGGAAGAGAGAUGAACCGGUUAACACCAAAGGUGUGGAGGAUUGGGAUGUAUUGGGCACGGCAUCGGACAAGGUCGAGACCCCCCUAGGAAAGUAUUUCGUCGUGAGGAGUGGGAAAGAAUGACAUAAUUGAGUCGAAAUUAAUUCCUG